AUGUUGCUCGACUUUCUCCAUCUGGGAGCCCUGGACAAGGUCAACGGUGGCUGGUCUUCCAUCAUAGGCAUCAUAACCGCAAUUGUUGGCAACAUUCUCAUCUCCUUCGCCUUGAACACCCAACGAUAUGCGCACAUCCGUCUCAAUCGCCAGUAUCAUCAGGAUGAGGAAGAGAAGAGGAGGAACAAGCGCAGUCGCAAUCGUGACUCUCAGCAGGAGCGGAUAGCUGAGGAAAGAGAAGCGGAAAAUCUCAAUGGCAGCGGCAGCCAUGCUGAGCCUUCAGAGUCGGAUCCGCUGCUUCCUUCGUCAGCCUCGACGUCUUCUGAGUCCACCAUCCGCCCGAACAAGGACUCGUCUGCCACGGGACCGAAGUCGUACCUGAAGUCUCCUAUCUGGUGGCUUGGAAUCGCCCUCAUGACACUCGGCGAGGCUGGAAAUUUCCUCGCCUACGGAUUUGCUCCUGCUUCGGUCGUGUCUCCACUCGGUGUUGUGGCCUUGGUUUCGAACUGCUUGAUCGCGCCUUUGUUGCUGCACGAGCAGUUCAGAAUAAGAGAUGGGUUUGGUGUCAUAGUUGCCAUUGGUGGUUGUGUUACAGUGGUUCUCAGCGCCAGCGGAAACAACCCGAAGCUGGGGCCUAAUAAGAUCUGGGAACUGAUCUCGACUUGGGAGUUCAAGACCUACUUUGGAAUCACAGUCUUCUUGAUGCUGGUCUUGAUGUCAGUGAGCUCGAGAUACGGACACAAGUCUGUUCUUAUUGACCUCGGUCUUGGUGUCGCAUCAUUACUCUCCAACACCAUCUGGCACGUCGUAACGUUCCCUAUUACAUACCUCUUGGUCGCAGUGCUGGUGUCUACGGCCGUGUUGCAGAUCAAAUAUCUCAACCGUGCUCUGCAGCAUUUCGACUCGACACAGGUCAUUCCAGUACAAUUCGUGCUAUUCACACUGUCCGUCAUCAUCGGAAGUGCCAUCCUCUACCGUGACUUCGAACGAACGACGACCGACGACGCCAUCAAAUUCUUCGCAGGAUGUGCCUUGACCUUCUCAGGAGUCUGGCUGAUCACGUCGGGACGUGGGAAGAGCAGACAGCAAGAUGAGGAGGAAGGAUCUGAGGAUGGAGAAGCGAUUGAUCUGGUAGACGAAGAACACCAACAGCCCGAAAUCCGCGAGCGACUAGGCAGCGAUGCACGACGUGGCUCUCUGCGACCAAAAUCAUCUCGUUCAGCAGCUCCCUCAUUUGUCAUCACUUCGGAUGAUACUCCUACCCAGCACUUCAGCUUCGAAGCUUCUUCACCACUGAACGAGAAUCCAUGGACGCUACCCGCACCCGCGAACAUCUCAUCCAUUCACCCACGCUCGGAUGCUAGUGUGGCUGCCGAGCAAAGACUUCAGAAUCCACCUCCGAUGCACGCCACAACAUCCGCCCCUGUUCUUCCCACUAUAUCAUCCCAAAAGCUAAGCCCACGACGACCAACAACGCCCAACCGAGGCAUUAGUAGCCCCUCGAUUGAUAGCCCGAAUGCACUAUCACCCUCGCAGCAACGCCAUCGUCAAAUUGACGCUAGCGAAAUCACACCUGGUCGUCUGAACACAUUGACGCAAAUCUUGCCUGGCCCUCUUAUGGCCCCGCUCUCAUCUUCACUCUCUGCAAUCGUAGCGGAUAGUCUGCGCAAGGGCAUCGUAGAUACGUCAACAUCGACUGGAAGGCGCAGAACCUCUGGGAGAGGAUCCCGCACGGAAGCUAUGGAAGCCCUGAGCGAAGUUUGA